CCUUUCUCUCUUCCAAGGUUUUGCUUUGAUCCAUAUCUCUCCCGUUCUCCAAAGACUUUCUGAAUUUGUUUAAGCUCGGUCGUCAUGUCCGAUGAGGAUCAUCAUUUUGAAUCGAAAGCGGAUGCGGGAGCUUCUAAAACUUUUCCUCAGCAGGCCGGCACCGUCCGUAAGAACGGCCACAUCGUGAUCAAAGGCCGUCCUUGCAAGGUUGUGGAAGUUUCGACUUCCAAGACUGGAAAACACGGCCACGCGAAAUGCCAUUUCGUCGGAAUCGAUAUCUUCUCCGGCAAAAAAGUCGAAGAUAUCGUUCCUUCAUCUCACAACUGCGAUAUUCCUCAUGUCAAUCGUACUGAUUACCAGCUGAUUGAUAUCUCCGAGGAUGGAUUUGUGAGUUUGCUUACUGAAAGUGGUAACACUAAGGAUGAUCUUCGUCUUCCCACUGAUGAUGCUCUGCUUACACAGAUAAAGACUGGAUUUGCUGAGGGGAAGGAUCUGAUUGUGACUGUGAUGUCAGCAAUGGGUGAAGAGCAGAUCUGUGCUUUGAAGGACAUUGGCCCCAAAUAAAUUCCGAUUUCUCAUUGCCCUCAU